AUGUUUCUGAGCACAAAUCAUUUGUUUGUUUUAUUCACCACUGGCUCAAUGAUGCUUCUUCUACCCGAAGUCUGGACAUCGAGCGUGUGCUUGGACGGGUGGAGACUGAUCGAUGGUCUGCCAGGCAGGUGCUUCCUUUUCCCCGAUGGCUACAAAUCAAUUAACUACUGGCUGAACGAGGAUACUUACCGCUACUGUAUUAAACUGAACCCGAUGUAUUAUUCCUCAAUGUUCGAGCCAAGCAAUCCGGAGGAACUGUACACAAUGUGGAACUAUUUGAACCAAUUUGUGGACUGCUAUCAGCCUCCCAACUGCUACUUCUGGACUAAUUUCGCCUACGACGGACAACCUGACAUUCCUGGGAGCUGCUGGGUCAGCCUCACAACCAUUUUGCCAUUGCCACCCGGUCCCUGGUGGUAUCCCGGGCAGCCGGGGGACUUCUGGCCGAACCGGUUCUGCACAAUGUCUAAGUCAACUACUAACAAUCUGUUUGCGGUGGAGCAGAAAGAUAUGGCCAUGAUUAUUUGCCAGUACAUCAUUGAUCCCUAUGGUUAUCCAGCGAUGAAUAGAACAGUCACUUGA